CUUAUUUUGACAUCCCCAGCAUCUAGAAUUAAGUCCAAUGUUUGUUGCUGUUACUCCAAAGAAACCAAAUCCUCAAACACCACUAGCCCCUGUUACACCAAAGACCAGUAACCUCAAAACUCCACAACGUAGCAUCCUCAGAGUUUGUAACUCUGUUACCAAGAGACGAAAAGUUGCUUUUAACUCAGAGGACAUGCCAUGUUCUUCUGAUGAUUCCGACCUUAUGGAGCUGGAUGUGAUUGCAAGUCUAAAUAAUUUUUUAAAUAGUUUAAUCCAAAUAUGCUCAAAUAAAUUAGUUUAAUCUAAAUAUGCUCUAGUAUUAUCUUAUGUUUUCAAAACUGCACUUCUUUACUAUUUUUACAAAUUUGGAUGAAAUUAAAAUUCUAAAAUGUUAGUCUUUCAAUCCCAUACUUAUUUCAGGCUGAUAUGAAUUUCUCAAAUGAUCAACAUGUAGCUCUGAUUUCAAAAACUUCCCCCAUAGCUGAGAGAAAGGGAAGUGCUUGUGAGCUGCCCCACAGAGCAACACCAAGCAGAAUUCCAUUACAUAGAAGUGUAAGAGAAACUUCUAAAAGACAGGUACUUCAAUUUAUUUCCAAGCAGAUUUUUAAAAAAUUAACCAUAAAGUCUUAAUUAAAAAUUAAGCUUUCUUUAGAUAAACUGCAAAAAUCAUGUUAUUGUUUAUUUGUUAAGCUUAGCAGGGAAUAAAAUACCUCUUACAAGAAGAUAAUAUUAUGCACAAGCUCAUUACUUACUUUCCAUUUGUUUUUAAAUGAGAAAGACAUUUUAAAGAAUAUUUUUAACUCUACACUUUAACCAGAUGUUGUACGCAAAAACUCCUGAGUUACCUAAAAAAGUUUCAGAAACUCAGACAAAUCUAGACAGGACUGAAAAAUUAAUUGGAAACAGAACUAAAGUUGAGGUAAUGAGUAAUUCAUAUUUCUGUUAUAUUCUUAUAUAAUUUGGUGACAGUAAAACUUUUUAUUUUAUUUAGUUGAUAGCUUUUGAUUUAGAAAGAUGAUCUUAAUAAACCAUGUUAGUUAGUGUGUUUUGUGAUGAAUGAUUUUCACCUUAACAAGGUAUUUUAAUGUCACGUUUCAUUUUUUUUCCUUUUGCUAAUUUUAUGUGAAGCGUGGUGAGCCUAGCCCUAUGCUGGGGUAGCGCUAUAUAAGACCACUUUAAUAAUAAUAAUAAUGUCUUUUGUUGUCAACUGUGAAAUAUUUCCUAAUUAAAAUACCAGCCUGUCAUAAAAUUUUGUUAUAGACUAACAUGAGGUUUCUUAUCUUUCUUUCCCAGAAACCUGAUGACGCUAAGAUGAAUGUCAGAAAAAUGCCAGUCAAGAAAACAUCAAAGUUUUUCACUGCCUCACCUAAAAAUAGGGC